AUGUGUUAUGUGGGAAAAGCGACGAAGAUCUUCUUCUUCAUAGUCACACUUCUUGUGGCCACCGGCCUUACGAUGGGGUUCGUCUAUCUCUGGCGCCAAGCGAAAUCCCCACAAUGCCCUUACCCUUCUUCCUCCGGCGACGCCCCGAUAGUGGUUCUGCCUGGGCCCACCUCCGAUCCAACUCCUCCGUCCACCUUUGCACCUCACUCCGCCACUAACCCGAGCCCAGCUCCUCCGCCGCCGGGCCCCACCGUCCCGGACUCAUCUCCGCCUGUAGCUUCGUUCUCUCCGCCGCCUCCAUUUAACCCUCCAAGCCCGGGGACGGAGGCCCUUGGUCCGGCGAGCAGUUCAUAG